AUGUGUUGCGACGGCGAAGGGCUCCUUUUGGUCCAAAAGGUCUCAGAACUUUACCACAAAAUCUCCACUCUCCAAAGCCUCCAACCCUCCAAACAUGUCAACUCCCUCUUCUCUCAGCUCGUCCUCACCUGCACCCCUCCGCCGCCUCCUCCUCCGUCUCCGCCGCUCAUCGACGUCUCGAACCUCAGCUCCACCGUCCAAACCAUGAGAUCCCAUCUCAUCAAGCUCUGCGGCCAAGCCGAGGGCUUACUCGAGCACCAUUACUCGACCAUCUUAGCCUCCCACCAGAACCCUCUUGACCAUCUCUCCCUUUUCCCUUACUACUCCAACUACCUCAAACUAACCCAUCUCGAAUUCUCCAUUCUCACCCGUUACAUAUCAUCCUCUCCACCGUCCAAAGUGGCAUUCAUUGGCUCUGGUGCUCUCCCGUUCUCGUCCAUCAUCAUGGCUUUGAAAUACCUCCCAACGACCGAGUUUCACAACUUUGAUGUCGACUCAUCCGCUAAUGCCAAGGCUAUGGCACUCGUGGCAAGCGACGUGGACUUGUCGAAGCGGAUGUUGUUCCACACUACUGAUAUCAUGGACGUCACCUCGAACAUGUUGAGAGAGUUCGAGGUGGUUUUUUUGGCAGCGUUGGUGGGAAUGGAGAAAGAGGAGAAAGUUAAGGUAAUCGAGCAUUUACGUAAGAACAUGACUAGUGGCUCGUUGUUGAUGUUGAGAAGCGCGUAUGGUGCACGUGCGUUUCUUUAUCCAGUGGUGGAAGCUUCUGAUCUUCGAGGGUUUGAGAUUCUUACAACGUUUCAUCCUACUGAUGAUGUUGUCAAUUCGAUCGUGUUGGCUCGAUUAUAA